GAAAUGGAGGAAAUGAUUUCAAAAUGAGCUCUAACGCUCCCUCGUCCUUUCACUGUUUAUUUUUUUUUUACCUUUUCUUUAGUUGACUUUCACCCAAAGUUUGAACUUUUUUUUUUUAAGAAUAAACAGGAUACCUGGAAGCAGGUCAAGCGCUUUGAGAUGGAGCUAGAAGAAGGGAAAGUUUCUGUGUGGGUCUGCCAAGAAGAGAAGCUUGUCUCUGGGCUAACGAAGAGGACUACAUGUGCUGAUGUGGUCCAAGUCCUGCUGGAAGAUCAGAACCUGCAGCAAAGCGCCUCAUCUGGGAUGCUUUCCGGGGCCCUUCAGUCCUAUUGCAUAGUGGAGAAAUGGAGGGGCUUCGAAAGGAUUUUACCCAACAAGACCAAAAUCCUUUCUCUGUGGAGCACUUGGGGGGAUGAGCGGGAGAAAGUUCGCUUCAUCCUAGUCAAAAAUGAUGCGUCGCUUCCCGACAAUGGGCCCCGGAGUGCUGAGGCGAGGGUGAUCCAGCGGCGGGAGAAUUGGAGUCCCGAAGGGGUGAUCAGAGUCCCUGCUAGAACAUGCUGGACCGCCACGGCCUCCACCAACUUGUCCCGGGAGAGGCAGAGGCGCAUUGUGAGAAAGGCCUUCAGAAAGUUGGAUAAGAUGAACAAAAAGAAGGAGCAGGGUCUUGAUAAAGAUAAGAGCUCGGUGGAGAAGAUGGAGACUUUGGUCCACUUGGUGCUUUCUCAGGAUCACACCAUCCGCCAGCAGGUUCAGAGACUCAAAGAGCUGGACAAGGAGAUUGAGAGCUAUGACUCUAAGGUGCACUUUGAGCGCAUGAAAAGACACGGGGUCAACUAUGUGCAGGAUGCUUACUUGGAGGACUCGUCUUACUCCCUGGAGGACCAGACCUGCAAAGUCACUCCAGAAGCACUGGCCCAGUUGGAAGAGUACGCACGCCAUUGCGAGGAGGUUGUGAGGUUGCAGGAGGAGCUGAUGGAGCGAGAAGCGCUCAUGGAGAGCAUUACCGCCGAGAUCCAAGAGGAGCUCAACCGGCGGUGGAUGAAGCGACGGUGGGAGGAGAGGGGACAAGAGGAAAAGGUGUCGGAAAUGUGCCUCUCUGCCCAACCCGGACUCCAGACUGUGUCUGGAGAAGAGGUGGCCUUGGAGGAGGAGAGGAUCAAAACGCAACUGAAAACCAGCCUCUACAUUGGCCUGAGACUCAAGACAGACCUGGACGGCAUUAGGGGGGACUUGGACCUGAGUCUUGCACUUUGGGAGAGCAAGGAAACCGAACUGCUGGAGCUCAUGGCCGAAGUGGAGACUCUGGAAAUUAAUCAGGUGAACUCCAAAGGGGAUGAUGAGGAAGAAGAAGAAGAUGAUGAUGAUGAGGAUGAUGUUGAGGUUAACGAUGAGAAUACAAAAGCAGAUAAGGGUGCAGGGGUGUUAGCAGACAAGAACAGCAUUUGGGUGGAGCAGGCCCGAGGACUGUCAAAGACCUGCAGCAUCAAUGACGAAGACUCGGACACUGGCCUGAGCUCCAUGCACAGUCAGGACUCUGACAACCCUCCAGUGUUUGAGUCUCUGGUCUGAACUGGAUCACACGGACUGGGGGCGGGGGGUAUAACCUGUGAAAAGUAAAGUGCUAGAAGAGUAAGCUAAUAUUUGGUUUGAUAGGCUGUGCCUGACUUGUUGCUUGCACAAGGCGAGUUGAAAAAGUACCAUUUCUCAGGCUAUAUUAAAUCUAUCAAAGUCAACCUCAUAGAUAUGUCAAUUAUAUUUUAAGUGACAGGUGUCAAACUCAAUUGCCACAUCAUUUUAUCUAAGGCAAAACACACCUCCUUUCAUGUUAUGUGCUCAAAUCAUUAACAAUUGCCAAUGAUCUUCACUUGAACAUUCAAAAAGUGCAAUUUCUGUUUCACAAAACCCCUUUUAAAAUUAAUUCAAUAAUAGUUUAAAAAACUAUUUUCCUUCGCUUCUGAUUUUAAACUUAGUGAUUUAUAACUUGGAGCGUAUGUAAUGAUUUAAUGUGGCCGAUUAAUCCGCUGUCUUUGUUGUUUUGUAAUGACUUAUGACUGAUGUUAUCAUUUUAAUGAGCAAUAAUAAUAAUAAUGAUAGGUUGAAAACAAACUUACCUAUGAUCUUCUUGUAAGAUUGUGUUUAAUAUCAAUUCAGCCAAGUCUAAAAAUAAACCAAAUGCACAAAGGUUUUUUUUUUUAAAUUUAAAACAACAAUUGGGGGCUUUGUAAUGGACAUAAGCAUCAUAGUGGUACUUG